AUGGAAGUCAGACCUCCAAAGGGCCCAGGCAAACAAUUUACAUUUGAUUAUGAAAAUGAAGUCCAAAAACAAGAUUACUUCAUUAAGUCACCACCCCCUCAGCUCUUCUUCUCUGUGACCUCCUGGAAAAAGCGUCUUUUUAUUCUGUCCCAGCGUCAGGGAAAGGGUCUCAGUCUUUCCUAUUACAAAGACCAUCAACAUCGAGGUUCCAUAGAAAUCGACUGCAGCGCCAUUGUAGAAGUUGGUAUAAAUAGCCAGGAAAAGAUGCAAUCUGUGCAGAAGAUGUUCAAAUGCCACCCGGAUGAGGUGAUGUCCAUCAGAACUGUAAACAGGGAUUACUUCCUUAUUGGCCAUGACAGGGAGAAGAUUAAAGACUGGGUCUCCUUCAUGACACCAUACUGCCAGGGUGUAAAAGCAACCCAUCAGAGAGCAGAGGAGAAGCCUUCCUUGGGUGACAGAAGGCCAGUUUCAGAUCCCAGUCCUUUCCUGGGUCUCUGCAGCAUACCAGAGGGAAUCAGCCUUGCAUCACCGAGGGCCAGUCUUCCAGAGCACCUCAUACAAAAUAGUCUCCAAAGACUCAGGCACGCUCAUCAGCAUCAUGGACAUGACUUCCACUCAGAUCCCACUCAAGACACAGAAGAAGAGGAGUACUAUCUCACUCCCCGAAGCGCCUGCUUAGAGUUGGAGAAUAUUGCUGGAUCCAAUGAUUCUGAUGACUCUACUGAAUCCGACAGUCCAGACCAAGGGUUCAAGAGAGUGGAGAGCGAUUACGUGUCAAUGAGAGCGGUGAGAUCCUGUGUCCUCAAAGAAUCAACCUCUGCACCAGCCGACGACCAACCCGAAUUCCAAAUUUCUCCAGAGACGUCAGAGCUCGGGCUUCCUCACCAAGAACAUGACACAGGAAACGAUCCAUAUCUUUCACCUGCCGAUUCGGAAGCACGAACCACAGAUGGCCAAAAGGGGUCCGCCCCACUAACUGUUGUGAAAUUGUCUAUACUACUCAACAACAUCCCCGAUGAGAGCCAAGUGGAGACUCUGAACGUGUUCCUCUCCCCUCGGGAUGCCAUCAACUAUCUUGCUCUGGUAGAAGCAGCAGGACGGAUAUGUGUGGCUCGAUGGGAAGGCCCUCCCCGACUAGGGUGCUUAUUCUACUAUGGAGAUCACAUCUUGGCCGUGAAUGACCUGAAGCCUCAAAGCCUGGAGGAGGUGUCCUUGUUUCUAACCCGAUGUAUCCAGAAGGAGAAAGUGAAACUCUCCAUUGGCCGGAUCCCAAACUCAGAGAAGCUCCAUGCUUCCCCCUGUGCGUGUUCCUUAAGACACCAGUCGGUUGAGUCUGUCCAGCAGGAUUUGACAGAACUGGAGAGGAUACCAAAGAGGACUCCUGCCUUCAAAAAGAUCCAUAAGGAAGCUACCAGAGAGUAGGCUGCCGCAGGCCCAGGACACAGAAGGGUGGAGUCCUAGGCCACACAUGGCCUUGGGAUUGGACACAAGACAGCAUCCUUCUCUGAGUCACUGUACUGACUUGACAGUGGGGUCACUGGCCGUCUUUGGCUUUUGCACUGGGGAAGUCACAUGGGAUAAUGACUAAGAAGUGGAGUUAGAACAGGAGGGCUUAUUACCUGAGACUCUGCCCCAGGCACAGCAGAUACUAUUCAAUA